AGCUAUUAUUGUCAUCAAAUCUGUUGGUUUAACAUAUUUGUCUUUCUGGACUCUUUUUAGAAACUACAUGAUCACUUUAUUACAAAAAUUCGCCCCAGACAAAUCCAGGCAAACGGCAAGAGGAAACGGCACUGCUAAUAUCAUGUUGAUAGGAAACUCAGUAGCUCAAAGAGCGUAUCCACUGCUUCACGACAUUCUCAAAGGACGCUACCGCACAUUCCGACUCUUUGCAAGAAGCGCAUGUCCUGCCUUGUCAAACUGGUGUCCUACUUUUUCGGAAGCGAUGAGAAAAGUAGUGCGGCAUGAAAAUCCACAUAUUCUCUUGAGCAUUCAUCAUUCCUUAAUUAAUCACUUUGUGGAUCCUAUCAAAAAUCUCGAAACUGAUUUGGUCUAUAAUCAGUAUCAAAGCAACGUCGACUUUAUCAGUAACUAUACGAAGUAUAUUGUGAUUGACAUGCCCUACUACAAAUAUCGCAAUUUCAAUACUGGUGCUCUUGUUCGGAGACUCAAACUUGGUCUUUUCUUGGGUGAUGAUCUUAUGGUCACUUGGCAGCAAUACAUGGACCAAACCCAACAUCACAGAAAGCGUAUAAGUUCAAUAGUGUGCAGCAAAUGUAUAAUCAACGAUGUUUCUAAGCUCUAGAAAGAAAUGUUAUCAGCCAAGAGCAAUUUUUUUCUACAACCAACUUUUACAUGCUCACUGCAACACGUUUGAACCAUUCAAAGGGUCUAUUUCAUGAUGAGAUUUUUUUCACUUACGACCCAAAAACUUUCCUCGCACGAACCUUAGACGGCAGUCAUCUAACGCCUAUCGGUCUCGAGCUCCUACGGCCGUUAUACACAAGAAUUAUUAACGAAUUACUUCAAAAACUUGGUAUUUGAAAUGCUUUAGCUAGACGACACAUUGCUGAAUUGUAAAGAUAAAAUUCAUG